AUGCUAUCUAGAAUACCCAUACCCAAGAGAAGAAUACCAAGUCUAAGUAGACAUUUCACAAACGCAACUACACCAGCACCUACAUAUCAAACAUCUGUUCUACCUAAUGGUUUAACAGUUGCAAGUGAAUCAAUGCCAGGAACUAAAACUGCUACAGUAGGAGUAUGGAUAAAUGCUGGAUCAAGAGCUGAUAAUCCCAAAUCAAGUGGAACAGCACAUUUUCUUGAACAUUUAGCAUUUAAAGGAACAAAUAAAAGAACUCAAUUAAAUUUAGAAUUAGAAAUUGAAAAUUUAGGAUCACAAAUUAAUGCAUAUACAAGUAGAGAAAAUACAGUUUAUUAUACUAAAUGUUUAUCAGAAGAUUUAAAUCAAAAUGUAGAUAUAUUAAGUGAUUUAUUAACAAAAUCAAAAUUAGAAACAAAAGCUAUUGAAAAUGAAAGACAUGUAAUAUUACAAGAAAGUGAUGAAGUUGAUAAAAUGUAUGAUGAAGUUGUAUUUGAUCAUUUACAUUCUGUUGCUUUCAAAAAUCAAGAUUUAGGUAGAACUAUAUUAGGACCAAGAGAUUUGAUUAAAACUAUAAAUAGAGAAGAUUUAAGAAAUUAUAUAACUACAAAUUAUAAAGGAGAUAGAAUGGCAUUAAUAGGAGUUGGAAGUGUUGAUCACCAGGAAUUAGUUAACCUUGGAAAAAAAUAUUUUGGAGAUAUAAAAAAAUCAGAUAAACCUUUUAAACAAAGUGGUGAUGAUUUACCAAUAUUUUAUGGGGAAGAAAUUAGAGUUCAAGAUGAUGCUUUACCAACUACUCAUGUAGCAUUAGCUGUUGAAGGUGUUAGUUGGUCAGCACCUGAUUUUUUUGUUGCAUCUGUAGCAAAUGGAAUAAUUGGAUCAUGGGAUAGAUCAAUUGGUAUUGGAUCAAAUUCACCAUCUCCAUUAGCUGUAACUGCUGCCACAGGUGGACCAGGAAAUACUCCAAUUGCUAAUUCAUAUAUGGCUUAUACUACAUCAUAUGCAGAUACUGGAUUAUUAGGAGUUUAUUUUACAGCUGAUAAAAAUUCAAAUUUAAAAAUUUUAAUAGAUGCUAUACAAAAAGAAUGGGGUAGAUUAAGUUUAGGUAAAAUAACUGAUGAAGAAGUAGAAAGAGCUAAAGCACAAUUAAAAGCUUCAUUACUUUUAGCAUUAGAUGAUUCUACAGCUAUUGCUGAAGAUAUUGGAAGACAAGUUGUAAAUACUGGUUAUAGAUUAUCACCGGAAGAUGUAUUUGCAAGAGUUGAAUCAAUUACAAAAGAAGAUGUUAUAAAUUGGACUAAUUAUAGGUUAAAAAAUAAACCAAUAGCUUUAGCCGCAGUGGGGAAUGUUAAAUCUAUUCCACCACUUUCUGAAAUCACAAAAGGAAUGGAUUUUAAGUAA